AUGAUUGAGGGACAAUUCGACGACCCCGCCAUACCGUUUGACCACACCCACAUACACACCCAAGAGGGCGACGAUUUCCCCCCAUCUACCGCGGACCCUCGACGCCACAGCGCUUCGAAAGCACUCUGCUCGCGGCACGUCGUCGUUAUCGUCUUUGUCGUCGUUGUCGUCGUCGUCGCCGUUGUCAUUGUCGCCGUCGUUAAUGCUCUUUUCCCCCCUCGUCAUCCCGGAACCCGGCGCUCUUUCUCCUCCUCCAACGACGAUGGCGCUCACAUCCCGCAACUCCCUCACCGACCAAUCUCCCCGAGGACGACCUCAUGUUCUCCCUUGGCGUCAUUUUUCCCGACGAACUCAAUAGACAGCAGGGCGACGCCGAGCAUGGCACCAAAUAUAGCUCGGCCCCAUCUCCGCCGGCCCCUCCGCUUCGAGCUCGCGAAGUCCUCCGCAGCUUACGACCGCAAGCUUUUCAGCUACUUCCUCUGA